AUGGGAGUUGGCGCGAUCGUAGAGCCCUUGGUGGUCAUCGUCCUUCUCUUCGGAGGCACCUGGAUCAACCGCGUCACCGGGUACUUACCUUCUCGACGGAACUCUAUCAGUUACGUGCCAGAAGACUUCCUUGAAUCGGGAAACCCCAGCCCGACUUCGAAAGAUGCGCUUUUGAGCCCUCGAUCUCGAUCUCCACUGUCUGAAGACCCAGGCGAAGGAUGGCGCCAGCGAAAGAUCGCGGUGCUGGGCAUGACCUGUGAAGUGACGACUCCCAACACGGCCAUUUUCCGUGACCGACUGCUCAGCCAGGUGCUCUGGAGGUUUCCCUUCUUGGUGGAAUGCUGGUACUGGGGCUUGGUAUACUGGACAUACCAGAUGGGCCGCGCAUUUACCGCUCUCACUCUCCAAAAAGGCACCGUUGUUGUUGCCAGACAGCAUGCAUUUCAGCUGAUAAGGAUCGAGGAAAGUCUAGGCAUGUUCUGGGAGGUUGGAAUCCAGAAGCACUUUCUCCGCCAUGCUCAUUUGAUGGUGGGCAUCAACUGGAUCUACUCUUUCAUUCACAUUCCGGGGACCAUUGCCUUUCUCGUCUGGCUCUAUUACUACACCACCACCCGCAACCGCAUCGACGACUUUCAACCGGGGAAGCCUUCUGGCUUUCUUAGCGAAUCGCCAGCCGGGCCGCUCCUGUAUCAAGAACGACGACGAACCCUGGCUGUAUGCAACCUACUCGCAUUUGUGAUGUUUACACUGUGGCCGUGCAUGCCUCCCCGUCUGCUGAGUGACCCAAAUGUGGAGGGCAAAGAGGGAGAACUGGCUCGGAGUUAUGGCUUUGUCGAUACGGUUCAUGGCGCCAAUGGCAUGGGCAGUGUGUGGACAGCGAACCAGUUUUGCAACCAAUACGCUGCGAUGCCGUCCUUGCACUUUGGCUACUCUCUGAUGAUCGGACUCACCAUCAUGACGAUUCCUCUUCCACCACACCAUCAGCGUUCCAUCGUGCGAACUCGCCGGGCGCGCACCAUUGGACUGCCAGUGCCAUCAUGGCGUCGUCUUCUCUGUCUUGUGCUCGGCUUCCUCUAUCCCUUCAUCAUCCUAGUGGCCAUCGUGGCGACAGCCAAUCAUUUCAUCCUCGACGCUGUUGUCGGAGCUUUGGUCUGCAUCCUGGCGCGGUGGUGCAAUGGGAUCCUAUUGAACCUGUUGCCUCUGGAGGAUUACUUUCUGUGCCUGGUUCGGAUUCACAAACCGGAGCCGUUGCACUGCAAGGUCAUUGAUGAGGACGAUGAUGUUGACCGAGACGUUGACGAGGCCACACUGGCCCAUGCUGUCGUUCCACCUUGA